CAGAAAACAGAGCCGUGAGACCUGCUUUGGUGAAUAUCUACUCUGGCUCUGGGCCUCUGUCAUCUUUUUGUUAGGUGUCUACGCGCAAACCUACGUGACGACUGCAAAGGAUUUGGAGCUGUGACCACGCGUAGAGUGGCCGCAGUCAACUAUCUUUGCACCGUCAAAAUGGAUUCGCUAAAAGAAAAUUUGUCGAAAUUGGAGUUAUCGAAAAUUGAUUUGUCAAAAUUGGAUAUCUCUACCACAGUUUACUACGUUGUCGCGGCGGUAGUGCUCGGGUUGGCGUUGGGAAUUAUUCCCCUGCCUGGUGUUCGACAGAAAGGCCUACCUCCUGGACCGCCGACGAUACCUUUUCUUGGGAAUACUCACCUACUACCUAGGAGAGGCAUCCAUCUCUGGUUCACGGAAUGCGCAAGAAAAUAUGGCCCGGUUUUCUCCUUGAAGAUCGGUUCCAGCAACAUGGUCAUCUUGACUUCGGGCCACCAUGUGACCCAGCUCUUCGAUAAGCGUUCGCUGUAUUACAGCAACCGGCCGCCUUCAUACAUAAUUGGGGAGAAGGUGUUCGGCAACGAUCACCCCAUGUUUAUGGAUGCUGGUGACCGAUGGAGGCACCGUAGAAAGCUCUACUUCCAACUCUUGCAGGAGCUGAAGUGCAACAAGGAUCAUGUCCGCAUCAUCCAAGCCGAGACCGCACAGUUGUUACGCGAUAUCUGUCUCGAACCUGCGGGGCUGAUGUUGCACCCGGGUCGAUUCAGCAACAGUGUCAUCAUGACUUUAGUGUUCGGUAUACGCACCCCUAGAUACGAUACCUCGCACUACCUGAAGGUACAGAAGAUCAUGACAGACCUCAGCUCGCUUGGCGAGAUCGGUUCUACGCCGCCGGUAGACGUGAUGCCGAUUCUCAGGUAUCUUCCCGAGCGGCUCUGGGGCAACUGGAAAUCCAAUGCCGAAGCUCUGAGGAAAGAUGUCCAAAAUACGUACGGCGCGCUUGUCGACCAGGUUCUGGAGCGGCGCAAGACUAUCGGAAGUCUGGAUACCUUCGUUGACCGUUUAUACGACAACCAGGCGAAGCCGCCGCUGACUCGACACGAAAUUGAGAUUAUGUGCGGCAACCUCCUAGAAGGCGGCACCGAUACCAUGGCUACGACGGUUCUUACGUUCCUCCAGGCAGUCGCACGGAACCCAGAGAUUCAGGCCGAAGCCCAGAGGGAAAUCGAUUCUGUGACGGGUUCAGGAAGGACGCCGGCCUGGAGCGACUACGAGAAGCUCCCGUACGUUAACAUGGUGGUCAAAGAAGUGCUGCGAUGGCGGCCACCCGCGCCGGGUGCUUUCCCUCACCUACUCGCCAAAGAUGAUGUUAUCGACGGCAUGAAGAUCCCGGCCAAGUCGACGGUCAUCGUCAACAUCUGGGGCGUGCAUCACGACCCGGCCCGCUACAAGGCGCCCGAAGUCUUCGACCCGUCACGGUUCCGGGGCAAGACGGAGCCGGCGUCGGUGUAUGCCAACUCGGGCGACUACGAGAACCGGGACCACUUUGCGUUCGGCACGGGGCGACGCAUCUGCCCAGGCAUCCACCUGGCAGAGCGCGGCCUCUUCGUCGCCAUCGCCAAGAUCCUCUGGGGCUUCAACGUGGCGCCGAAGCUCGACGCCAACGGCCAGCCAAUCCCCAUCGACAUCAGCCCCGUCACCGGCUACCGCGAUGGCUUCCUGAACCAGUGCAAGAACUUCGAGGUCGACGUAACCGUCCGGUCGGAGGCGCAUCGCGCCACGAUCAUGGCCGAGGCUACGCGCGCUGAGGUGGAAGUAUUCGGCUCGUACAUGUAAUUCUUUGAGCUCUAAUAUCGCUACGGCAAAAUUGGCACAGAAAACAUUGCCCUCGAAGGGAGUGGCAUUGACUUGAACCCCCACUAUAGAAAAGCCUACGCAGAUACCAUAUUACAGGCCC